AUGGCAGCAUGGCUCGUGCUAGAACAGUACAAAAAGCUGCCUAACAAGGGGAAGCCCACACUGAGGUCUAAUGGCGUCCAGGAAUGGACAAUUCUAGCCGGCGUGGUCGUUGAAAGAGAUGGCGAGUGGGAGUGUGUGGCAUUGUCCACAGGAUUGAAAGCAAUGCCCGAAACAAUUAUCGCGAAUGGUGGGGGUAAGAUCCUACAUGAUAUGCAUGCCGAAAUCCUAGCUCUGCGGGCUUUUAAUAGGUGGAUCCUAGGUCAGUGUCUUGAGCCAACCAGUGGUUGGAUCGAAAAGGUGGGGCCAAAGUUCAAGGCUCGGGAAAACCUCAGGGUAUUUCUCUAUGUUUCCGCACCGCCUUGUGGUGACGCUUCAAUGUCACUGUUUCAAGGGGAAAGCUGGGAAUCAAAGCCUGAAGGUCUGCUCAUUCGCGGCCGAAACCACUACGGCUACUUGGGGUACUUGCGAACCAAACCAGGACGUCAGGAUAGCGAAUUAACCCUGUCCAAGUCUUGUACCGAUAAGCUUGCUUUCAGACAACAAACAAGCAUUUUACUUGGCCCCACUCGACGCAUUGUCGAGCCCAUCUAUUUAACGAUGCUCGUGUGUCCUGUUUUGCCAGACUUUGACCGAGCAUUUCGACGGUGGCCCGCGGCAAACUACUUUUCUUGGCAGGAACCUCAGUUCACUUUCGCUGACGCCCAGGCACCUACCAAAGCUCCAAGCCCAACCAGUUUGGUGUGGGUGAGCCCCAAUCUUCAGGAGGUUAUUGUCAACGGGGUCCGUCAGGGCUCAAAGCUAGGCUCUGGGAAAGGUGCCAGCAUUGUUAGUCGAUUCGAGAUCGCUAAAUUGGUCAAAGCUAUCGAACAAACCUCAGCAACUAGCUAUCUAUCUUGGAAAGCCACCGCAGACAAAGAGUAUCCACCGGGAUGGCAACGAACUGCAAUGGAUGAUUUUGAACUUAUAUAG